CCACACGGCGUCUGGUAACACUGGCUGACAGACAAAAAGUUUUGUAAUCAGACAAAAAUUAAGACUGCCUGUCGCCUGUCGUCCACCACCCACCGGUAAAUACUUCUCCAGGCUCUCGCCCAGCCGGCUAUCCAAAUUUCGAAGAGCAGAGUUCCCCAGCAGCAGCCCCGACAUCACACAGAUCAAGAAUGGCCGGCCAUAUCGACAACGCCCGCGCCACGGAGGAUACGGAGGUCAAUGCCUGGAUCCGUUUCGGCCUCCGACUAGGCGUCAGCGCUGCCCUGCACCCCUUGGAGUACUCGAAGACGCUGAUGCAGCUGGGCUACGAGCCGAUCGCUGCGCGCCCCGGCAAGUCGUUCCUGGGCAAGCCGGUGAUGGAGCUGCCGAACAUCUUCCAGUACGCUGGGCACAUACGGCGUAUUGACGGCUUCUAUGGCUGCUACCGCGGACUGGCACCCAAACUGGUUGGGUCCAUUGUGGCCCUGGUGGUGAGCGACCGGGUGGCCGACAAGCUGGGUCUGGCGCCGCCCGAGGAGAUCAAAGACGAUAUAAACCAGACCGAUGAGGAAAUGUACAUUCAGUUCAAGUCGACGCUGAAGCGCGACAUUGUGGUGACGGUGACCGGAAUUGUGGCCUCGCAUCCCUUCCAUGUGAUCUCGCUGCGCAUGAUGGCGCAGUUCGUGGGACGCGAAUCCCUGUACACAUCCAUUCUGGGAUCCGUGGGCGAAAUCUGGAAGACUGAAGGCAUUGCGGGCUUCUUUUCUGGCUUGGUGCCAAAGCUCUUGUGCGAUGUGGCCUGCCUGGUGCUCACCAGCUCCACCGUCUACAUGCUUAAUAAAUAUAUCAUCAAGGAUGCGCUGGGCAGACAGUACAAUGCGGGCUUCACCCAGUUCUUUGUGUCCACCAUGCUGUACCCCUUGCAGGUGGUGUCCACAUGCUCGGCGGUGAGCGGCUCGCGUUUGAUGGCCGGCCAGCCGCCCAUUAUGCCAGCCUAUAAGAAUUGGGUGGACUGUUGGAACGAUCUGCAAGCCCGUGGGGAUCUAAAGCGCGGAAGCUCUCUCUUCUUCCGGACGCAAUCCAUUAGAUCGCCAGUUAUUACCACUUCCUCCUUUGCGCCUCUGCCCAAGCUGGCACGCUACCAGUAGAUACCAGCAGAUAUAAUGCCAAGAGACGACCACGAAGGGACCUACCCGGACAGCCCGUCACAACUUCAACUUGCGUUUACCCAGCAUUUCGAUGGAUCCCUGAUCCUGCCCCCAAGACAACUGCAUUUGUUCCAUGUCCCUUGAUGAUAUUACAAGUAUACCUAACAUGACUUGAAGAAUUAUCUGCAUUUGCCUCGUGGUCGCUUAGUCUCUUAACCCAUAUCCUUGGCGCAGUUCCUUCGUAGCUUCCGCGUUUCCUUGGCACUGGAUCCUUUGCUAAGCCAUAUGUAGAAGGCUAGCUUGUCCAGAUUGUGUAUAGUUUGCGACAAGAUCCUGUUACUGUUUUAUUCCUGCAAGAACAAAUAAAUUUUGAACCCUCGGCA